UACAAACUGACCUUUUCAAACAACUUCUUUUCUAUUGGGUAACCAAAAACAAUAAACCAUCUAUAUAUACGGCAUAUAUCAAUUCAGUAUCCAAAUCACUAAGAGUCUCUUACAUAAACAUCAAAUCCCAACAACUGAUCUACUAUAAAACCCCACCUUGAGAAAAAUAAUCCAAAACAAUGUACUCUUCAUCGUCUGUAUCAAAAUGCGUCAUUUUGAUCCAUGUCUUCGCCAUGCAACUUCUCCUUAUAAACAGCGAAUUGCCCUUAAACACGACCAAUGCGUAUCUCAACCACAAAUGCGUGGUUAGUCAAGGAAAGUACAAGCCUGGAAGUAAGUACGAGAAACAGUUAAAAUUGACCAUCAAAAAUUUUUAUUCUAGCAGUGAAAAUAAAGAAGGUUUAGACCUUUUAGGCGGUGACGGUUUUUCCGCUAUCCUCCAGUGCCGCGGCGACUCCUACGGGCGCAAGUGCCGCGACUGCUAUGCCACCGCCGUCGCUGCGCUUCAUAGGAAAUGUCCGUGGUACAAGGCGAAAAUAAUAUGGUAUGACCAAUGUCUUCUCUCGUUUGAUACAAAAUAUUCUACUGGGAUGAUCGACUACGACAAUAAUUUUUGUAUGUCAAACGCUAAGAAGUUGGGAGGAGAUAAACUCUCGUUUAUGAGGACUUGGAAUACUUUCAUGGACAAUCUGAUGGCUUUAGCCACGCAUGCUGAUAAUGACACAACAUAUCCACCAUUGUACUCUGUGGGGAAGACGAGGUUCAACGGUGAUACGAUGUAUGGAAUGGUGCAGUGUACAAAAGACAUACCCCCUAAAGCUUGUAAGGAGUGUCUGGUGUUUUAUAGCAUUCAUUUUCAAGAUUGCUUGAAUGAUAAACGAGGAGCGAGAUUUAUGAGUAGAAGCUGUACUUUUAGGUUUGAGUUUUACCCUUUUAUUGCCAAGCAGGUCAGGAAUAUUUUAAGAGUCAAAUAAAUAUUUAUUUUUUUCAAAAA